AUGCCAUCCAAGCUUUCGAUUGCCUUGUCGGCCGCCGUCGCCGCUGCGCUUGUCUCGGCCGGCGAGGAGCGCGUCUUGGGUGUUUACAUUUUCCACCGCCACGGUGAUCGCACCGCCAAGGCCUGGGCUCCCGUGAACCUGACUGCUCUCGGAGCCGAAGAGGUUCACUCGUCCGGGUCCUUCUACCGCAAGCGUUACGUCCAGAAUGACGCCUCAGUCCGCAUUGCCGGCGUCAGCAGCAACAACCCCAUCCUGUCUCAGCUGUCAGCCACAGCACCCGAGGAUGCCGUUCUGUACAACUCGGCCGUGACUUUCCUGCAAGGGCUGUACCCUCCCACCGGUCAAAGCGAGACUCUUGCCAACGGAACCAGGAUCGAGGCUCCCCUUGGCGGAUAUCAGUAUAUUCCCGUCAAUGCUAUCGGCAACGCGGCAACGGCAAAUAAGGCUGAGAAUCAGGGCUGGCUCCAGGGAGCUAGUGACUGCGACAACGGCGUCAAGAGUUCCAAUGCCUAUUUCGCCUCCUCCGACUACCAGGGCACUUAUGACGAGUCCUUGGACUUGUACCAGAGCCUUCUGCCGGUUAUCAACACCACCUAUACCAGGGAUGCUGCGAAUUUCAAAAACGCCUACACUAUUUGGGAUUACAUCAACGCUGCCAAGAUUCACAACUCCUCUAUUCCCUCCAGCAAUCUCAUUGACAACCGAACCUUUGGCCUCCUCUUCAAUCUUGCCUCCAUCCAUGAAUGGAAUCUCGCCUAUAAUGCCAGCGAGCCUGUCCGUGCCAUUGCUGGUUCCGUCCUCGCUGGUCAGGUCCUGGAUGCUCUGCAGGCCAUUGUCGACGGUGCAGAGGAGACGGCCAAACUCAAUGUCCAGUUCGGCGCCUACGGCACCUUCAUGGCCUUCUUUGGCCUCGCACAACUGCCCACGGUCAGCCGGGACUUCUACGGCAUUGUCGACUACGCCUCGUCCAUGACUUUCGAGCUCUUCACCACUAGCACCGCCGCCAAGCCCAGCGCCAACGAAAUCAAGGUCCGAUUCCUCUUCGCCAAUGGUACUGCCGCCCACAGCGAACUCAGGACCUUCCCCCUCUUCGGCCAGGACAGGACCGCGCUCUCCUGGAGCGACUUCAAGUCGGGCAUGAGCAACUUCGCCGUCACCGACACGAAGCACUGGUGCGCUCUCUGCGGCGGCACCAGCGGCACUUGUGCAGCCAACUCCGCCACUGGCGGCAACGGCUCUUCCGCCCCGGCCAAGGACUCUCCUGACAAUGGCGUCUCGAAGCCCGUCGCCGGCGCCAUCGGCGCUCUCGUCACCCUCGUAGUCAUCUUCGGCAUCCAGGCCGCCCUGAUGCUCUUGGGCGGUCUCCGCCUCGUCAAAAAGUCCACGCUGGCUCGGGCUUACCAUGGUCCCGAGACUGCUGGCAUCAAGAGCCACUAG